AUGGUCAACAGUACCGUGGCCAAGGCCUUUUUUACUGACGACGUGGCUACGGAAUCGACUACGAAAGCUUGGUCAGUACUGAUAUUCGACUUUCUGCCUGGUUGGCGUAAGCCAGUCUUACGCGGCUCUCUGAGCAAUCGACUAAAAAGGUCUCCAUCCAUCACUGAAUCUGAUGUUACGCAAUUUCACUCUGCAAAGCUGGGGAGAGUGGUUUAUUAUUCUUCCGGGGAAAGACUAGAUCGCUCCACGUCAGCCCACGCGCACCAGGACGGAGAAGAAGACUUGUUCCCCCAGCAAGUCGAUACUCCUGUUGCAAUGCCCCGGUCGCGCUCUUUUCACUUUGGGCGGCAGCCGCUGCAAGACGAGCCACAGUUGCAGCUCCAGCCGUCCAGGGUGUCAGGCCCUGUGCCGUUCUGCAAUCCAACGCGGGCCCAUUUCAACUUUACACCACGAAUUGCCGCACCUGAACGGGAUCACGUCCCCGGCCGGAUCGAGCGGCUCUGGCGCUCCCGGGAUAAUCGAAAGGGACGACAUGCUUUGAUGAUUCACCAGCGACCGCCGGGUCCCGAAGGCCAAAAGCUCCCCGCGCCCACCGUCCAUCCAGCCGCGAUAGCCCAAGGAAUCCGACGCAUGUUCACGAGCUUCCCCUACUGGGAUGUAUCCUACCUGGUGGCGACGAUCUUCACUUUUGGAUCGGUGAUCUGGGUCAUCAACGCGUUUUUCGUUUGGCUGCCCCUGGUCGCGCCGGGGACGGAAUUCCACAACGAGGGCCUCGUCGGCGGCGGCGUCACGGCCUUCAUCGGAGCGACCAUUUUCGAGGUCGGGAGUGUCCUUCUCAUCCUCGAAGCCGUCAACGAGAACCAAACGGGCUGUUUCGGCUGGGCGGUCGAGACGGCGUCCAAGCAAGCACACACCUAUACCGAGCAAGUGAUCGUCCGCAUCAAAUCGGACAUGGAGGCUUGUAUCCACCCGCAUGCCAACCAUCGAUCCUUUCUGGGCCACCAGGGGAAGUCGGUCUCGCCGGUUUCUGUGUCAGAGGUACAGCCCUCCCCCAGUGCGACACCGUCCAUGGCGCCAGCUCAGAACCGCUCGUUCAAGUGGGUUCCAACGCGGACGGAGCUCCGACGGCAUUAUUUCCAUGAACUUGGGUUUUAUGCGUCCCUGGUGCAGCUCAUCGGCGCCACGAUCUUCUGGAUCGCCGGGUUCACGGGCCUCCCUGGUAUCAUUAACCAUAUGGACCAGGCGGUGACGAAUGGGGUCUACUGGGUUCCCCAGAUCGUUGGCGGGAUGUGCUUCGUUCUCAGCGGGCUGUUAUUUACGCUGGAGACCCAGCGGAAAUGGUACCUCCCUGCCUUUCAUAUCCUGGGCUGGCAUAUUGGGUUCUGGAAUUUCCUUGGUGGCAUUGGGUUCACCCUGUGCGGUGCACUAGGCCCAGCGACGGCCAACUCGGGCGUGCUGUAUCAGGGUACGUUGGCCACGUUCUGGGGUUCGUGGGCUUUCCUUGUGGGAUCUACUAUUCAGUGGUAUGAGAGUUUAGAUAAACAUCCCGUGGAGGAGACGACGUGA